AUCGGGGAAUAUAUAUAUAUUCUUUUUCGUCAGGAGACGAUGAGAAAAAGUUUCCUCUUUUCCGUCCUUUUCCGCGUAUUUCCUCGUCCUCAAACGCGAGACCUAUCCUCCACGCUGUUUCUUUCUCUGAUAGUUGACCUGCAGUUACGGAGGGAAGCGGGAAACCUUCUGGUACACUCUCUGUGAAGCCCUAGCUCGACUCUUGAGACUCUCUAGUUUGGAGGUUUUCGCUUUUCUUUUUUUCUGCUCAAUUGGUUUUGUGAAGUCUUUGGGCGAAGUAAUUGUACAAGGUUUGGAAGACACCUAUUUUUUUGGGAAUCAUCUCGUGCCUUUUCAAGUUAAACCCGGGGCUCAAUUAGGGUUUCGGACUAUUUUCUUCUUCGUUCUUUCUUCCCCCAAAAUGUUCUCCAUUUCUGGUUUCUCCUAGUUCAUUCUUUUCCUUUCUUGGAACGUUGAACCUUAGUCUUCGAAUCAUGUUCUUAAAAGUAAAUUUGACCUCCCUGUUCAACCUAGUUGAGUUAGCUAGUGCUUCACAUGAUUCCAUGACUUUCAUCCGAAAGAACUGUUUGGUUCAGGCUUGUAGUGUGAAGACGCGUUAGUUUCCAGUGUCAACUAUUUACUUCAUCGGAUAAAACAACACCUUUGUCGCCGGAGUUCUCUCUAUCCUGGAUAAAGUCUAGUCAUUUGUCGGAAUAUGAAAGUAGAAAGGAGCCAGAAGGUCUUGACAAGGUCAUGAAAAUAUAACAGAAAUUCAAGGACUUGUAAACUGGGAAGGUGAUUGGUGGCCGCCAUGAGCACAAACUCGUUUACAUACUGUCGGAACCAGUGGAGAUUGUGGCAUCUAUUGCUCUGUCUAAGCGUACCUCGUAUCAGUGGCAUCUCCGACUAGAUCAUCCAACAGUGUCCAAGCUUCGUAGGGUUCUCCGUAAUGUUUUUGUGUCUGAGUCAUUUCAAUGUGAAGCCUGUCAAUUAGGCAAACACACUAGAAGUAGUUAACCUUCCAGUAUUAGCCUGUCUAGUCAUACAGUUUUCGAUCUUCUUCAUGUUGAUGUUUGUGGGCCUAGCCAGGUUGUAAGCCAGACCAAGUUUAGGUAUUACCUUGUUAUUAUUGAUGAUUUUUCUCGUCUAAGUUGAGUAUUCUUGUUAAAAGAUAGCUCUGAAGUUAUCUGUAUUCUUCAAAAUUUCAUUAUUGAAAUAAAGAUUCAGUUUGGUUCCAUUGUCAAAAACAUUCACACUUAUAAUGCUUGUGAAUUCAAAUCCAAUACAUUGCUGCACUUUUACUUCAAAUAUGGAAUUUGCUCUCAAUUCACUUGUCCCCAUACUUCUCGAUAAAAUGGUAUUGCUGAACGUAAACAUCGUCAGUUACUUGAUAUGGCUCGUACUCUCAUGAUACAUAGCUAUGUUCCAGCCCAAUUUUGGGGUGAUGCCAUUCUCACUGCAUGUUACCUGAUUGACCAUCUUCCAUCAUCGUCUAUUGGAAAUCAAAUACCUAUUCAACCCAAAGUCUUUGGGUUACUUGUUUUGUUCACAUCUUUGGCCCCAAUAGAUACAAACUUGGUGCUCAAUCAAUUAAAUGCAUUUUCAUUGGCUACCUAAAACACCAAAAGGGUUAUAUUUGUUUUGACUCUCAUACCCAUAAACAGUACAUCAGUGCGAAUGUUACAUUCUUUGAGUUUCAUCUUUAUUUCUAGUCUACUCCAUCACUAUCAAACAGGUCAUCGUCUAUUCCUUUACCUAUACCACCUGUUCCCCUGCAGUAUAUUCCUUGUGAUUCAUCGCCCAAUGUCAGCAGAUUCUAUGAUCCUCCACUGGUAUACACCUGCCGACAUGCUUCUGCUCAUGACUGCCCACCGGUUGCUUCUCAUGAUAUCUGCAGCAGAAAGGAAUGGAGGGCCCAGCUGUGGGUCGUAACAGAAAGAACAUAAGUUGGACACCACUUAUGGAUGACUAUUUCAUUAACCUCAUGGUAAAAGAGGUUCACAGAGGCACAAAGGUAGAAAAUUCGUUUGCCAAGCAUGGUUGGAGCCACAUGGAGAGAUUGUUUCAGCAAAAAUUUGGAGCUCUUUACAACAAGGACUGUAUGAAAAAUCGUGUAAAGACUUUAAAGAAGCAAUACAAUGCUAUAAAAUCUCUAUGUGAACAAAGUGGAAUUGUUUGGAAUCAUGAGUCUCAAAUGUUAGUAGUCAAUGAUGAGGCUACAUGGGAAGCUUAUAGCAAGGAUCAUCCUGAAGUGCAAAAGUAUAGAGAUAGGUGCAUACCACAUUAUGAAGAUCUAUAUCUUAUAUUCUCAUAUAUCCCUGCUGAUGAAGAAGACAAUAUUGUCGGAGCUUCUGCAAAAGGGGUUAGUACAGAGGUGGAAACCAUGGAUAUGCGUGCUUCACCUAUAUCUUAUGCUCAUGAUUAUAUACUUGAUGAUGUGCGAGGUUCACCCUCGUCAAAAUCAGGUAGUGAAGGGACAGAAAGCCCAGCCACCAAUCGUGAUAGGAAGAAAUUGAAUUGGACUCCGCUCAUGGAUCGUUAUUUCAUAAGUCUUAUGGUAGAAGAAGUUCACAGAGGUACCAGGAAUGAUGACUCAUUCAGUACGCAUGGUUGGAACCGUAUAGAGAGGGAAUUUCAGAAGAGAUUUGGCAUUCAAUUCCAUAGGGACUCAAUGAGAGUUCGGCUAGAGAGUUUAAGAAAGCAGUUUAAUUGCAUGAAGACCUUAAGUGAGGAAAGAGGAUUUGUUUGGAAUCAUGAGAUACAAAUGAUCACAGCUUCUGAUGAGAGCUUGUGGGAUGACUACACGAAGGUACACCCUGAAGCACGUGAAUACAAAGGUACAAAACUACCAUAUUAUGAAGAUCUGUGUUCUAUAUUUUCUCCUCUGAUUGUCAAUGGAAGAUACAACACAACAGGGGCUGAUCUUCACAGAAAAGAAAUUGUCCUUGCUAUGGAAGCUGUUAGAGCUGCUGGACAUCCAUUAUCUUCCCUUAUAUCUAGUGGUCGUGGACAUCAAGCCAAUGGUGUACAAGACUCAUCAGAAUUGGCUGUGGAUAAAGAUAUAUCAAACAAGCGAAGGAAGCAUUUAUGUGUGACCCCACCAAGUUUAGAUUGUUCAAGGAAAUCUUAUGCAGUUACUUGUGAUGUGGUGAAAGCUCUUCAGCAGAUGGCAGCUGCUGUUAAUGGCUUAGCAAGUGCAUUUAAAGAGGUCAAGAACUGUCAACUUGUAGAGAAGUAUAUUUCUGCUCUCAGUGAGAUACCUGGCAUGGAUCCAGAUCUCUUUUUAGCUGCUUGUGAUCUUCUGGAGGAUGAAAGAAAAGCUAGGACAUUUUUAGCACUUAACAUGGACCUACGGAAGAGAUGGUUGAUUAAAAAGCUUCGUCCUUUCUAACAAUAACAUUGUUGGUAUGUCUGUUUUUUUUUUUUCCAUUUUUGCUUUCAUCUGAUGUGUAAUUAUGUGAUAGAAGUUUCUUCUGAUAACCUUAAAUCCUUUUUAAACAUGACACUAUUAGUAAUUGAUUGUCUAAUACACCUUUUUUUUUA